GGCGGCCGGGGAAGCACGGCCUUCUGUGAUUGGCGGAAAGCGGUGGGCCGUCACGUGGCCAGGGGCGCAUUUGUUUGCGGAAGUAGAAAGAGGCAGAAGUGCUGAGUAAGCCCAGCUCUUCCAGGGCCGCCUCACACCCAGAAGCCCCUGGAAGUCUUCCCUGAAGGAACCAAGCAGGCAAACUGGGCCUUCGACAGGAGAUAGGGGAGCAAAACUAAAGAAAACAGGCCCCAAAUAUCCAGCCUCCCUGUAGAAGAGACAAAACUGAUGCCUGGAAAUUGCCUGGAGUAGAGGCAGAACUGUCACCAUUACCAUCACCACAGAAGCUCUUAGACUGAGGGGGAAGGUGGUGGGGCCUCCCCACCAGCCCCGCAGAAGAUGCAGUUCUUCGGCCGCCUGGUCAACACCCUCAGUAGCGUCUCCACCUUGUUCUCUAACCCGUUCCGGGUGAAGGAAGUGGCUCUGGCCGACUACACCACGAGUGCCCGGGUUCAGGAGGAAGGGCAGCUGAUCCUGUUCCAGAACGCUUCUGGCCGCGCCUGGGACUGCGUCCUGGUCAACCCCAAGAACUCACAGAGUGGAUUCCGGCUCUUCCAGCUAGAGACGGAGGCCGACGCCCUGCUGCACUUCCAGCGGUAUUCCUCCCAGUUGCCGCCCUUCUAUGAGAGCUCCAGCCGCAUCCUACAUACCGAGGUCCUGCAGCAGCUGACCGAUCUCAUCCGCAGCCACCCCAGCUGGUCGGUGGCCCACUUGGCAGUAGAGUUGGGGAUCCGAGAGUGCUUCCAUCACAGCCGCAUCAUCAGGUGGGGCAGGAGGGCAGGACUCUGGGGACAGCGUAUGUGUGCUGAAAUGAUCAUUAACAUGGACAGCAGCCAGCUCCACAGCAAAGACCCUCGCUAUGGAGCCAGCCCCCUGCACUGGGCCAAGAAUGCAGAGAUGGCCCGCAUACUGCUGAAACGAGGCUGCGACGUGAACAGCACCAGCUCCGUGGGGAACACAGCCCUGCACGUGGCGGUGAUGCGCAGCCGCUUGGACUGUGUCAUAGUGUUGCUGACCCACGGGGCCAACGCCGAUGCCCGCGGGGAGCACGGCAACACGCCGCUGCACCUGGCCAUGUCGGCUUUUGAACAUGGCAAGGCAGCAGCAUGUGCCCCCAUCAUCCUUGGUGCUGUGGAGAUGGCCCUCGAGGAGACCCUGGAUCUCCUGUCGGCUGACCCACCCAGGGCCCUAGAUCGUUUGGGAGCAGUCAGUCACCCAAGCCAGGCUGGAUGGUGGCCUGGGGCACGGCGUCUGAUGGGUAAUGCCCUAGGCCUAGAGGGGCCACCGAGCCUGGCCGUGCCCCGAGUUAGCCGUCACCCGAGUUCCCUCUCCUUUCUCUCAGCUGCACGCCAGCACAGCACCCUUCCUUACCGCCUUCUCUGCACUCUGUCCACUGCCUCUCCUGGCCAGCCUGCUGCUUAUGUUGCCCACUCUCCAGGCACUUGCCCUGGCGACGGGGAGACCCACCGCCUUGCAGCCUGCCUCCCUGCUUUGCCGCUUGUAGACUCUGUGCACACUGGCGGGGACGGGGCCCGUCAGAAUCCCGAUGACGUGGCGCUGCUGGGCCAGGCGCCUGGGGCCGGGCUGCUUCCUAGGAGGGCAGCUAACCCACUGGAGCUGCAGGACCUCACGCUUAUCUCCCGGGCCCGGAAGCCGGCCUUCAUCCUGAGCUCCAUGCGGGACGAGAAGCGGAUCCACGACCACCUGCUCUGCCUGGAUGGAGGGGGCGUGAAAGGCUUGAUCAUCAUCCAGCUGCUCAUCGCCAUUGAGAAGGCCUCGGGCGUCGCCAUCAAGGACCUCUUCGACUGGGUGGCCGGGACCAGCACGGGGGGCAUCCUGGCCCUUGCUGUUCUGCACGGCAAGUCCAUGGCCUACAUGCGCGGCGUGUACUUUCGCAUGAAGGAUGAGGUGUUCCGGGGCUCGCGGCCCUACGAGUCGGGGCCGCUGGAGGAGUUCCUGAAGCGGGAGUUUGGAGAGCACACCAAGAUGACGGACAUCAAGAAGCCCAAGGUGAUGCUGACAGGGACUCUGUCUGACCGGCAGCCAGCUGAACUCCACCUCUUCCGGAAUUACGAAGCCCCGGAGUGUGUGCGGGAGCCUCGUUUCAGCCAGAAUAUUAACCUAAAGCCUCUAACUCAGCCCUCAGAGCAGCUGGUGUGGCGGGCAGCCCGGAGCAGUGGGGCAGCCCCCACCUACUUCCGGCCUAAUGGGCGCUUCCUGGAUGGUGGGCUGCUGGCCAACAACCCCACGCUGGAUGCCAUGACUGAGAUCCAUGAGUACAACCAGGACAUGACCCGCAAGGGUCAGGGCAACAAGGUGAAGAAACUGUCCAUUGUCGUCUCUCUGGGGACAGGGAAGUCCCCACAGGUGCCCGUGACCUGUGUGGAUGUCUUCCGUCCCAGCAACCCCUGGGAAUUGGCUAAGACUGUUUUUGGGGCCAAGGAACUGGGCAAGAUGGUGGUGGACUGUUGCACGGAUGCGGAUGGGCGGGCUGUGGACCGGGCCCGGGCUUGGUGUGAGAUGGUCGACAUCCAGUACUUCAGAUUGAACCCCCAGCUGGGGACAGACAUCAUGCUGGAUGAGAUCAGUGACAUGGUGCUGGUCAACGCCCUCUGGGAGACCGAGGUCUAUAUCUACGAGCACCGGGAGCAGUUCCACAAGCUCAUCCAGCUGCUACUCUCACCGUAGGGCUGCCAGGCCCCCCAGGACCCUAGCACCCACCUCCUGCUGGGGAGGAGGAUGAGGCCCAAGCGCCAUCCUGCUGGGCAGAGCCGGGCCCAGGCAGCCCUGUCCACAGACCAGGCCUCAGAGAGUGCUGGGCUUCCUGUGUGAGGCUGGUCCCGAAGGCCUCUCGCCCCCCACCCCUGCCUUCUGGCACUUUUUGUCAUUCCAGGCUUGGAAAGCCUAGAGCCUCACUGGGGCCUUCUCCCUGACCUCCAAGGACAAUGAACUCUGGGCCCCUUGUCCUGUCAGCUGAAACACAAGGGCACCCAGGCGUGUCGCCAGCCCCUGCCUCCCAGAGGGCCCUAGGCUCUUCCAGGCCCCCUGGAGAUGCAGCCAUCCCUUCCACCCUCUGCCCUCUUCCCUGGGGGUGGAGCUAGAGAAACUGGCCAUUCCCCACCCUGUCAGCAGGGGAAGACUAUGCUCUGGGUGUGGGGUGCCCCAUUCGACUUUGCCCCGCAACAGCUGCUCAGCCACCUGCACUCCUCAGAGCUGCCACACCCUGCCAGCUCGCCUCAGUUCUCAAAGGUUGCUCGUGACUUGAAUUGUUCUUCCCAACAGGCAAUGGUUUAUGAGUGGGGCGGGCUGCCCCAAGCUGUGAAAUAAACGGUUUGAUUCCA